AUGAAGACUCUGCUUGUUUUCGCUGCCUGCAUUCUGGUCGCUCAAGCUCUGACAGACGAGCAGAAGGAGAAACUCAAGAAACACCGCACUGAAUGUCUAACUGAGACCAAAGUUGAUGAGCAGCUGGUGAACAAGCUGAAAGGUGGUGAUUAUAAGAUGGACAAUGAGGCCCUGAAGAAAUAUGCUCUCUGCAUGAUGAUGAAGUCAGAACUGAUGACCAAGGACGGCAAGUUCAAGAAGGACGUCGCUUUAGCCAAGGUUCCUAACCCAGCUGACAAACCGACCGUGGAGAAGCUUAUUGAUGCCUGCCUGGCCAACAAGGGCAACACUCCCCACCAAACUGCCUGGAACUAUGUCAAGUGUUACCAUGAAAAAGACCCCAAGCAUGCGAUUUUUUUGUAA